GGCAUGCAGGGGGGAGGGGUGUGCAUAGCUGAGGCAGGAACUAGGAAGACGGGAACUGUGGCGGGGCAGGACCCGGGGCUUCCGCGGAGGGGCUCCGGGUCUGGGCUCCGGGUCGCGGCUACGCGGACUGCAGUGUGAGCGCCGCCGGCUGGGGUGCGGAGAGCGGACCGGGCGGCUGCUCUUCUGUAAGGCGCUUGAGUUUUAAAAAAAUGAAACCUUGUUCCUGUGACACUUUCGUGGCAUUACCUCCAGCAACAGUUGAUAACAGGAUUAUUUUUGGAAAAAAUUCAGAUAGACCCUGCGAUGAAGUACAAGAGGUGGUUUAUUUUCCUGCUGCAGUUCAUGAUAACCUGAGAGAACAUCUUAAGUGUACUUACAUAGAAAUUGAUCAAGUCCCUGAAACAUAUGCUGUUGUCCUUAGUCGCCCAGCUUGGUUAUGGGGGGCAGAAAUGGGAGCCAAUGAGCAUGGAGUUUGUAUUGGGAAUGAAGCUGUAUGGGGAAGAGAAGAAGUUUGUGAUGAAGAGGCACUAUUAGGCAUGGACCUUGUCAGGCUUGGCCUUGAAAGAGCUGAUACAGCUGAAAAAGCCCUCAAUGUCAUUGUUGAUUUAUUAGAAAAAUAUGGCCAGGGUGGAAAUUGUUCCGAGGGUAGGAUGGUGUUUAGCUAUCACAACAGUUUCCUGAUAGCGGAUAGGAAUGAAGCCUGGAUUCUGGAGACUGCAGGGAAGUACUGGGCAGCAGAAAAAGUACAAGAGGGAGUUCGUAAUAUUUCUAAUCAGCUUUCUAUAACAACCAAGAUUGAUCGGGAACACGCAGACAUGAGGAACUAUGCUAAGCAGAAAUUUUGGUGGGAUGGUAAAAAGGAAUUUGAUUUUGCUGCGACAUACUCUUAUCUUGACACAGCCAACAUGAUGAUUUCACCAGGCAGAUAUUGUGAAGGCUACAAGCUUCUGAAUAAACACAAAGGAAACAUAACUUUUGAAACAAUGAUGGAAAUUCUCCGAGAUAAACCAAGUGGCAUUAAUAUGGAGGGAGCAUUCCUGACUACUGCAAGCAUGGUUUCUAUUUUACCUCAAGACUCCAGCCUUCCCUGCAUUCACUUCUUUACAGGGACUCCUGAUCCUGAGAGGUCUGUUUUUAAGCCUUUCAUAUUUGUACCGAAUAUUUCACAACUAUUGGACACCAGUUCACCAACAUUUGAACUUGAAGAUCCAAUUAAAAAGAAGCCGCAUUUUAAGAGUAAGCCUGACAGAAGACACCCACUCUACCAAAAACAUCAACAGGCAUUGGGAGCAGUAGAUAAUAAUGAGGAAAAAGCCAAAACAAUGUUGGACAACAGGAAGAAACUGGAGAAAGAACUAUUCAAAGAGAUGGAAUCAGUCCUGCAAAACAAGCAUCUUGAUGUGGAUAAAAUUGUUAAUCUCUUUCCUCAGUGUACAAAAGAUGAGAUUAGAAUUUAUAAGUCAAAUAUUAGUUCUUAGAUCAUAUAAAUGGUCAGCAGUUUUCCUCAAAGUCAGAAUCUGUCUUUUUUUUUGGUGAGGAGAGAUUGGCCCUGAACUAACAUCUGUUGCCAAUCUUCUUUUGUUUUCCUCCCCAAAGCCCCAGUACAUAGUUGUAUAUCCUAGUUGUAAGUCGUUC